AUGUUGUCCGGCGGGAUUGACUCCCCCGUCGCUGCAUGGCAAAUGAUCAAACGCGGCGCGAAAGCCGUUUUUAUUCACUUUUAUAGCUACCCUUACACGGAUAAGGCUUCUUUGGAGAAGGUCAUUGAAAUUGCCCAGAUCUUAGCGGUAUCCAACUAUCGGAGCACCAUCUAUCUCGUUCCAUUUGCAGAUAUCCAGCAAACUAUUGUCACCGCAACACCCGCGCCGUUCCGGGUUUUGUUGUAUCGUAGGAUGAUGACACGGAUCGCUGAGCGUGUUGCCCCUAUGGUUGAUGCCGAAGCACUCGUUACGGGGGAAAGCCUCGCACAGGUGGCUUCGCAGACGUUGACGAAUCUCCGCACGAUUGAGGCAAUUGCUGAAAUCCCUAUCCUGCGCCCGCUUAUCGGUGAGGACAAGGCUGAAAUAAUUACAAAAGCACAACGGAUAGGGACCUUUGAUGUGUCUACACGUCCGCAUCAAGACUGUUGCUCACUCUUUGUGCCCAAACACCCAGCCACGCGGGCAUCGCUUACCGAUUUAGAGAAUGCAGAAUCGGGUUUAGAUGUAGACGCAUUGGUUGAAGAAGCACUGAAUAACCUCGAAAAACAGGUAGUCGAUUAA